AUGGAUGAUAUCAAAAGACAAACUGAAAUUGAAAUGAAAUUACAGCAAAAUGAUUUGAAAAAAUUUGUGGAUGAAAAACGUAUUCAAGUUAUAGUGUAUGAAAAUGGAAAUACGGAUAGUAAUUCAUUGACGAAAUCGAUUCCUGCUGCAUCAAAAUCUUGUUAUUCUGAAUUCAACUGUCUAUCUGUUGAAGAUUUGCUGCAGUUUAAAAAAGAUGACUUUGAUCUUGGGAAGGUUCCAGUCGCACCACCUCCUGCGGAAUUAUGUUUAUUUUAA